AGGUGGUAAAAACAAAUGUUGAUUGUGAAGACUUUUACAGCCUGGUGCAAUUCUCACCUGCGGAAGGCUGGCACGCAGAUUGAGAACAUAGACGAAGAUUUCCGCGAUGGGCUCAAACUAAUGUUGCUCUUGGAGGUCAUUUCAGGAGAGCGAUUACCCAAACCAGAGCGAGGGAAAAUGAGAGUGCAUAAAAUCAACAAUGUGAACAAAGCUCUAGACUUCAUCGCUAGCAAAGGUGUCAAGCUGGUCUCUAUAGGAGCUGAAGAGAUUGUAGAUGGCAAUGCGAAGAUGACAUUGGGUAUGAUCUGGACAAUUAUCCUUCGAUUUGCCAUUCAGGACAUUUCUGUGGAAGAGACCUCUGCCAAGGAAGGCUUGCUGCUGUGGUGCCAGAGGAAGACCGCGCCCUACAAAAAUGUCAACGUACAAAAUUUUCACAUCAGCUGGAAGGAUGGUCUUGCGUUCAAUGCCCUGAUCCACAGACACAGGCCAGAGCUCAUUGAAUACGACAAGCUCAGAAAGGAUGACCCUGUGACAAAUCUGAACAACGCCUUCGAGGUGGCUGAGAAAUACCUCGACAUCCCCAAGAUGUUGGACGCAGAGGACAUUGUCAGCACAGCUCGCCCUGAUGAGAAGGCCAUCAUGACCUAUGUAUCCAGCUUCUACCAUGCCUUUUCUGGCGCGCAGAAGGCUGAGACAGCAGCCAACCGGAUUUGCAAAGUGCUGGCGGUGAACCAGGAGAACGAGCACCUGAUGGAGGACUAUGAGAGACUGGCCUCUGACCUGCUGGAGUGGAUUAAACGCACUGUCCCCUGGCUGGAGGACCGUGUCCCACAGAAGACCAUUCAUGAGAUGCAGCAGAAACUGGAAGACUUCCGUGACUACAGGCGGGUCCAUAAGCCUCCCAAAGUGCAGGAGAAGUGUCAGCUGGAGAUAAACUUCAACACCUUGCAGACUAAACUCCGGCUGAGCAACCGGCCUGCCUUCAUGCCCUCGGAGGGCAAGAUGGUCUCGGACAUUAAUAAUGGCUGGCAGCACUUGGAACAGGCUGAGAAGGGUUACGAAGAGUGGCUGCUGAACGAGAUCAGGCGUCUGGAGCGGCUGGACCACCUCGCUGAAAAGUUCAGGCAGAAAGCCUCCAUCCACGAGUCUUGGACUGAAGGGAAGGAAGCCAUGCUGAGGCAGAAGGACUACGAAACCGCCACCCUGUCAGACAUCAAAGCCCUCAUCAGGAAGCACGAGGCCUUCGAGAGCGACCUGGCAGCUCACCAGGACCGCGUGGAGCAGAUUGCAGCCAUUGCGCAGGAGCUCAAUGAGCUGGAUUACUACGACUCCCCCAGCGUGAAUGCUCGGUGCCAGAAGAUCUGUGAUCAGUGGGACGCUCUGGGGUCCCUGACCCACAGCAGGAGAGAAGCCCUUGAGAAAACAGAGAAGCAGCUGGAGACCAUUGACCAGCUGCACCUGGAGUACGCCAAGAGGGCGGCGCCAUUCAACAACUGGAUGGAGAGCGCCAUGGAGGACCUGCAGGACAUGUUCAUUGUGCACACCAUCGAGGAGAUAGAGGGCCUGAUUGCCGCGCACGACCAGUUCAAAUCCACCCUGCCUGACGCAGACAAAGAGCGUGAGGCCAUCCUGGGCAUCCAGAGCGAGGCUCAGCGAAUUGCGGACUACAACAGCAUCAAGCUGCCCGGGAACAACCCCUACACAUCGGUCACCCCGCAGAUCAUCAACUCCAAGUGGGAAAGGGUGCAGCAGCUGGUGCCCAAGCGGGACCACGCCCUGCUGGAUGAGCAGAGCAAGCAGCAGUCCAAUGAGCACUUGCGGCGGCAGUUUGCCAGCCAGGCCAACAUCGUUGGGCCCUGGAUACAGACCAAAAUGGAGGAAAUAGGGCGCAUCUCCAUUGAGAUGAACGGCACGCUGGAGGACCAGCUGAACCACCUCAAGCAGUACGAGCAGAGCAUUGUGGACUACAAGCCCAACAGCGACGUGCUGGAGCAGCAGCACCAGCUGAUCCAGGAGGCGCUGAUCUUCGAUAACAAGCACACCAACUACACCAUGGAGCAUAUUCGCGUUGGCUGGGAGCAGCUCCUCACCACCAUCGCCCGCACCAUCAACGAAGUGGAGAACCAGAUCCUGACCCGCGAUGCCAAGGGAAUCAGCCAGGAGCAGAUGCAGGAAUUCCGCGCUUCCUUUAACCACUUUGACAAGGACCACGGUGGGACCCUGGGACCCGAGGAGUUCAAAGCCUGCCUCAUCAGCUUGGGAUACGAUGUGGAAAAUGACAGACAGAAGCACACAGGAAGCAUGGACACAGAUGACUUCCGAGCUCUCCUUAUCUCCACAGGAUACAGCCUGGGAGAUGCCGAGUUCAACCGGAUAAUGAGCGUUGUGGAUCCCAACAACAGCGGGAUUGUGACCUUCCAGGCCUUCAUCGACUUCAUGUCCCGAGAGACCACGGACACUGACACGGCCGACCAGGUUAUCGCCUCCUUCAAGGUCCUGGCCGGAGACAAGAACUACAUCACAGCAGAGGAGCUGAGGCGAGAGCUGCCCCCGGACCAAGCGGAGUACUGCAUCGCUCGCAUGGCACCGUACCAGGGGCCCGACGCCGUGCCCGGAGCCCUGGACUACAAGUCCUUUUCCACGGCCCUGUACGGCGAGAGUGACCUGUGAGCUGGCGGCGGCGGCAGGAGCAAGGCCAGAAGCUCUGCUCUGCAUUCCCGCACAAACUGUCCCUCGGCGCCAGGAUCGCCCGCCGGAGGAGGGAAGCCACAUGCGCACUGGGCGAUCCUGGGAGUUAGCCUGCAUUCCAGUCGGUGGUUAGUGCAUAUUGAUGAACCAUGUACCUAUGCAAUGAUUCUCUUCACUUCGCUCUGUUAAACGUGGGGGAGGGCGGGCUUCACAUGUUUUUCUCACAAUUAGUCGCUUUGGGAUUUCCUGGCAAGGGGAAGAAGGGAGAGUCUGCCAAGCACGCGGCGGCUCUGGUUCAGAUGGCUAUUUUUGUUAAAUAUAGCCCCUUCUAUUUUUUCAACUGA